AUGGCCCAGCCCGGCCCUGCCCCUUCGUGUUGCUGUCCGGGGUGGCGAGGAAGAGGAGUAGUAGAAGAUCGGCGGAGGGGGGAGGUGGAUGGGGGACAAGGACUUGGGAGAAGCGAUCUCGACCGGCAGGAAGUCCCAAGAAGCGGGAGGGCUCUGGGUUCUAAGGCCAGAGAAGGGUGGCGGGCUGCUUCUGCUUCUUACCUGUGGUGCCCGGGCGGAGCCGCAGCCGCGCGGCCGUGCAGCUCACCGGUUUCCCGACGGGACGUCCUGGAGGGCGGGGCCGAGGCGGGCCCUGCACGACCGCUGGAGCGCGUCCUCCCCGCCCCUCCCGGGUCAGGUGCCGGGGGCCGAGCUCCCCAGCAUUGCUCUGCGUGGCGGAACGCCGGCUUGCUGCGGGGCCGCCCCCCGGCCCAUGGACCCCGCCCCCGCCGCCGCGGCUGGGAUCCCGGCUGCUCCGGCUUCUCCACAUCUCAGCAAGUUCCGGGGGCCAGUCUCCGCGGCCAGGCUCUCGGCGUCGAUAAAGAUUGGAGGGUCCCGGCCAUCACAAAGACGACAGGCGUGAGCCGCCGGCAUGUGCGCGGGCUCAGUGGCCGUGUGGCCGCAGCGCUCAGAGUCUGGAGGAAGAGGCUCGGGAGCAGAGAAACGCCGCGGGACAGAGAGGCGCCCUGGGGCUCCGUCCCAGGAUUGCUUCUCAUCGGAAGAAGUGGUCUUGACCAAAUGAUUCCUCCCCUUCAUCCAACAAUAAGAGCAGGGAAUUUGCUGUGUGCCACGAACAAUGCUAAGGUCUUCAUGUGCCGGGUCUCAGGCUCCAGUAUGGCUCAGCAUGGCACUGCUCUGGGGUCUGGACGAAGAACCUGAAGAGAAUAGAAGAGGGAACAAGAAAAAGGAGGAGGGUUAGAUGAGUGAGAGGGUAGAUAGAAUAUCAACAGCAUAGGAUUUUUGCAAAGUUAAAACAGUUUUGGAGUGAGACCUGGGAUUGAAUCUUGGCUCUGUCUGAUUUAAAUCCAGCGUUUAAAAAAUGUUGGCACUCUGCAG